UUGCUUUCAAUAUGGCGGUGGGCACCAUACCCCUCAUAUUUGAACAAUAUCUGUUAUCAUCGAGAACAAGGUGACCUGGCUUUGUUUAUUUUCGCCCAACCAGCAAAUUCACUGAACCGAGGCAAGCUGUUAGACGUACAUCCACUACAAUCUAAAGCCUCUUCUGGAUAAAGACACAAACCGCCAUAUUGACGCUGAACAAACCUAUCUUUUUCUGAUGUGCCCAUGUUGUCUCGACCCUUACACAAAGACGUGGAACACAAUCAAAUGUCAUCAUUUUACACGUCCCUGUGAGCGACAAAAUGCAUGGUUUGUGAGGGCAGAGUUUACAAUGUGACGUAGCAACUCGUAUAUAGCUAUGCUAUGGUGAUGGACUAUGCCGGCAGAAGCACAAACAAUGCAGAUUAAACAGGAACUUGAGACACAGGAGAGUCAUGAAAAGGGAGGUAACUCUCUCACAGGAAAGGGGAACGGAGAGAGCAAUGACGAGGGGAAUGCGCGCCUAUUGUGAACCAAGAUGGCGUCGUUGGAACAGUUUCACCUGAUAAUUUAGGUAACAGCAGUCGUGUCGAAUCGCCAAAAGAAUUAAAAUCACCUGAUGGGGAGGGAGAAAAAUCCAAAGAAUUAUCGCCAUCCAUGAUUCAGCAGAACGGAAGUGGGCAAAUAGUGCCAGGUACUCCACUGGUGAUUCCACAGCCCUAUCUACACUUUCUACAACAGACGAUGUUGCUACAACAGCAUCAGCAGAUGUUGAAUGCAGUUGAUGUGACAGCAAGACUAGCAGAACAAGCGGAUGAGGGAACCUUGGGCGGGAUGGCGUUUCCCGAACGGGAGCGUCCCCGGGGGAAGAGUACGACUGAGACAGGGGAGACAACUGCAGACACGGCAUCUGAUGAUAGCAUGGAAUUCGAUGAUAACCUCUUUACUGAUGAAGAACUGGAAGAUAUGAUGAAGAAGAAGGGGGAUGGGAGGAUCCGACAUUCAGAAGGGAAAUCCAUGUUUGAUGCAGGUGGUCACAACGUCAACCAAUAUGGCCGCGAAUUUACAAAUGGCCGCCCCCUGCCCGACCAUCUUCGCGUUCAGAUCCUUCAACUAGCGCUGCAAGGGAUUCGUCCCUGCGAGAUUAGUCGCCAGUUGCAAGUGUCCCAUGGUUGUGUCAGCAAGAUUCUAAAUCGAUACCGAAAGACUGGAAGCAUCAACCCUGGACAGAUCGGGGGCAGCAAACCGAAAGUGACUACACCUGACGUUGUGAGCCGAGUUCGCCAGUACAAGGCAGAAAACCCACAAAUGUUUGCAUGGGAAAUACGACAAAAACUGAUUGCUGAUGGCAUCUGCACUGAGAAAAACAUUCCUAGCAUUAGCUCUAUCAACCGUAUCAUCCGCGAUAAGGCCAUCCUCCACCGCCGAGGCUACGACAACUAUGAUGAUGGAGAUACAUCUCUCGCAGAAGACAUCUCGGUGGACACAGAGACCAUGCAGAGACUAAUGGUCCAGAUGCCAGGGAUACCCUCCACGAGCAGCUUCCCUCCAGCUGUCAUCACAUCCAAGGAUGUGAAGAGCGAGAGUCCAGGACGCCCAUCAGUUUCAACUUUUCUGUCUCCAGAGAAGACCUGUUCUCCCUACGACCUCCUUGACAGCCACAGACGACAGUCACCCAGGGGAGACAACUCCCAGAUCACAAGUCUCCCCUACUGUCUCUUCUGCUGCAUCCAGUAACGGGCCCUCAGCAUCAGUUAUGUCUCAGAAGGUGAAAGAGGUGUCUCCAGAGAAAAACAAGGCAUGUUCAGAAACUCCACCAGGUGCUGUGGAAGAGGUAUCAGAUGCCCCAGACACAACUGUCAAACACGUAGAUGCUUCUCGAGAGCUGGGAAGGGCAAGCUGGAGAGCCAGCCAAGUCUUCAGGCCAUUAUCUCCAAACUUGCUCAAGUUCAGGCUGGACUGGUGUCCCACGGUAGUAAAGAGGAGGUCAAGGAUGAGGAGACACCCGUGGAAAAGAUCAAGGAGGAGAUACCAUCUGGAUCAGCCACUCCCAAUUCCUCAAGUCUAAGUCCUGCUAACAUUGCCGAGACUUUGAUGAGCUUGUCCCGAACCAGUGAUCUGGCUGCUAUCUCUCCCGGAUCUGACAUGUCUCCUUUAGCUGCUGCUGUCUCAAGUGCUGGAAUUGUACCUCCAGCUUCUAAGCUAUCACCAAAGACAUCGCCCAGAAAGACUUCUGCUAGUCCGAAUGGACGUCCUAAAUCUCAUGAAAAGAAAUCUGAUCCCUCUCAUCCCAGUCGUCCGAACACAACCAGAACACCCACUUUGCCCCGAGUCCCAUCCAAUGGUACAAUGGCGAGUGCAUACUCUGCAGUUCAGUAUGACAAGUUCGGUUCAGUGCUUUAUGACUACAAUCUCCCUGACCGCGGUCUUGGAACGGGUGCAAUGGCAGCUCCAGUUACUCGCUUCCCAACAGUUUCACCACCUAAUGUGAUGAUGGGUUACUUCCCCUUCCCAGCGGCGGCAGCAGCUGCAGCUGCUGGCUGGCGAAUGCCCGGGACACCAACUGCAGUUGCAACAACGAUGGAAAGUAUCCCGGGGCGACGGCUCUGCAGGUGCUCCAUUAGAUUUUCGGCAGCUCAUAAAGACUUGAGAUGUCCUGAAGUGUUGAAAACCAAAGAAAAGAAAGUAGAGAAAAUUAUGAAAGAAAAAAUAACUGACAAAGUUAUCGAAAAGGUUGUGGAAAACUUGCCUGAAAAAGUUGUUGAAAAACCGAAAUCCUCUGAAAAAGUGAAAUCUUGUGAAAAAGUCCCCGAAGAGGCCAGCCAGACCUCAAAACCUAAGUAUGAGAAAAAUUUCCUCCUCUUUGGUGAUCAGGAGGUUGAAAUCAUAUCUGUGGCCAAGAAUCAGUGGAUUGUCCGGAAUGAGGCCGAACUUUACGCUAUCGCCAGGAGAAAUGAAAUCGUGAAUGAGGAAGAAGAUACAAAUGUGCAGCGCGACAAUUUCCCUGAAGAAUCUACAUCUUUGCAGCAUUUUAGUUCAAAAGGCAGUGUUGCUUCCGACACUCCAAACUUGCCACCCAUGAACUCUGGCCUGAAACGCCCUCCGGACUCCUCGUCUGUCGAAGGAGCCUCAGGCCCCAAAGCCUCUCGGCAGGCAGAGGUUACAGAAGAAGGUGUUAGUCUAACAGUAUCUAGUGCUACGAUCGGUCAGCCAGAAUUGAGCUCUGUGUCAAACCCUUUACAGCCACAUGUGCCCAUUGGUCAGAUGGCCAACGGCAUGCUGGGAGUGUCAUGGCCUCAAGGGAUGGUGGGGGGUUCAGGGGGAGACGAGAGUGGUCACCUAGUCAGGAAUGAAACAGACACUAUGAAUGAGGGCGACGACCCACAAACAUUGAAUAAGAAGUGCCCAGUUUUGCAGAAAAUGUUAAAAAAUGUCUGAAAUUGUGGCAGUGUGACCAUUUUCAGGAGUGUUAUAUUUUGUUUGACAAUCACGGGGGCUGAGGGGGGCAAUUUCAAACAUAUAUCUAAAUCCAACGGAAAACUUGGGGAAAGGGUACACAACCCACUGCAGACUUGGGAAACAAUGUGGAGAGUUAAGGCAACGCUCAUCGAUACAGCUUGAUGUAGUAUUAGGAGAGGGACACAAGGUGUCUAACGAGUAAACUUUGCAAAUGUGCUUGUAAGUGAACUCAGAAAAUCCUCAUUGUAAAUCAGAACCUUUUUGCAUCACUGAAAGUAUAGGCCUUACCAAAAUUGCUCACUAAGCAUAUUUUUGCAGACAUCGAUAUUCUGUAUCUGAAAACUAUUGGUAGAGAAGAGAACCGUGCUCUUUGUACAUGGAUGUUGAUUGGCUCAGUUGGUGAAGCACUUCCUGAAGACUGGGUUUAAUCCCAUGACUGUAAACCCUUCUUUUGCCCAUCACAAUGAUAAUAUUCCUUCAGUAUUGCCAAACCAGGCAUGCUGGAUAAUGAAAACGAGGAUUUUCAUGAGUACACGAACUGGUAUUUCUUGACUGCCAGAUGUAUUCUCCGUAUUUGCGAAUAUUUGCAUAUAGUCACCUGACUGUUUGGAGAUACACUAAACGUCAGGAUGCAUUUGAAACCUGACAGGAUAUAUAUAUAUAUAUAUGGCUGUGUUUAAAAAUCAAAAUAAUUCUUGACAAAAAUCCCUCCCAGCUGCCCGAUGGAGGAAAUGAGACUGUAUUUUUAAACAGUGUGUUCAUUCAUUGUUGUAUAUUGUCAUUGGUCAUUUUUCCAUUGUCAACCAAAAUGUUUUCAAAACUUUGUCCCAGUGUUUCAACGUAUGUAUUAAAUAUUGUUAGAGUUGUUUGUGGGUUGGAGAACCCAAAAUUAUGCCGUAAAUUUUAUGAUUAUUACAAAUAAAUUAUAUUUAUGACACUAACUCGAAACAGUAUUCCAUAAUGAUCGAAAGAAAGCCAAAUCUCAUUGAUUGCUGUCUGUGCUGUCAGCUGUUGUUUAAGAAAUGAUGGUGGAUAUUAGUUGGGAUUCAGCUUAUGGUAUCUAGAUGUAGUUCACGUUCGUAGUUUCAGACGUAGACGAUGAUCUUUUUCUACUCUUUUGUAUGAAGGUAUCUGCAGCUUCAAACUGACAUUUGUAAACAUUUCCCGGGACGCAUAUUUUAGAUGUGGUGUUAUGUACAGAUACAUUUGUAAGGUGUACUAGUAAUUAUAAUAUGUGUCAAUAAGGCCACAAUAAUUUAAUUAUUAAUUUAUCAAUUAAUUAUUACAUUUUAGAAGAGAAAAAUCAAAAUCGUAGUCUGAGGCAUUUAUUACAUCUCACAUAUUUCAAAACUUCAUCAGCGUUUUAUAUGACUUGGUAUACAGUGUAUUUAAAUUAAAUUAAAUGCAAAAUGCUAAGAGUUUUCCUUCAUCUAGGACAAACUGAUAUGAGCUGCAUGCUUUAGUGCUGGGUAUGAAAAUGUGGUAAUCAAUUUAUUUUGGCCAAAGUGAAACAAUUGCAACAAAACAUUUACAAGAAGCAAAUGUGUACUAUUUCAAUUCAAAUGUUUGUCAGCUCGGAAAGAUUGAAAAAUCACAUACCUGUGAAAUUAUUUUGCAGAUAAUAACUUUCUAUUUUGUACGGUGUUAAUAUUCAUGCUUUGUAGGAUCUCCUAUUAUGUUGUAAUUUUUAAUAAGAUCCCAGUUUGAGAGGGUACUGUCUGUUUGUAUGUCGUACAACAAUGAGUCCCAACUAAUACCAUACGAUCCUGUUGAAUCUUUUUGUUGUUGUAAGUAUUGUUAUUUUUUCAUAGAUUUUGAUGUCAAUUCACCAAAGACCUGUCUUAUUUCUUAAUGGCAAAUUGAAACAUAUCACUAUUCCCCAUGAAACACGUUUGAUAUCAUUUGCAUUGAAACUAUGCGAAAUAAAUCGCUGGAAGUGCAGAA